AUGUCCGAGUCGGAUUCAAUCCACAACCCGGCUCAACUCCGCUCAUUGCGGGACCGCGUUCUCGAUAUCUUUCGGGCUGCAUCACCAAGCAACUCAGCAGUCGAGGGCACUCCAGGACCCUCAGAGCACUCGCCUCGAAAACCUGACGAUCGAACCCGCCUCCUAGAUUCCUACGACGGCCGGGAGCCCGCGUGCGGCCUGAAGGGCUCUUGCGAUCAUGGUACUUUCUCACCGCAAGUGGAGCGAGAGGAUACUCCGCAAUGGGAUGGAAGCUCCAUGCAGCAAGUCGACGGGUUGAGGUUUGGCGAUGGCCACCAUAGUCGGCAGCGUAGCGGAGAAUCAGGCUAUGUACAAGGCCCGGAGAAUAUGCGUUCCAUGGAGUCUUCAUCGGUCCUUUCGGUAUCGAAUCGCAAGUCGCAGUAUAUAUCGUACUACAUCCCGUUUCUCAAUUGGAUCACUCAAUAUCGCUGGUCUUGGCUCCGGGGCGAUUUGAUUGCUGCGACAACCGUUGCAUCGAUUUACAUUCCCAUGGCAUUGUCUUUGUCCUCGAACCUUGCGCACGCGCCUCCGAUUAACGGCCUGUAUUCCUUCGUGAUCAACCCGUUCAUUUAUGCCAUACUGGGAAGCAGUCCCCUGCUAGUAGUGGGACCCGAGGCCGCGGGGUCAUUGUUGACCGGAACAAUCGUCAAAUCCAGCGUCAAACAAGGCAAUUCAAAGGAAGACGAUGAUAUUGCAAAUGCUAUGGUGGUCGGGGUAGCCACUGCCAUGGCUGGGGCUAUGAUACUUGUUGCUGGAUUGACCCGGUUAGGGUUCUUGGACAAUGUCCUAAGCCGCCCUUUCUUACGAGGUUUCAUCACUGCCAUUGGGUUUGUUAUAUUCGUGGAUCAACUCAUCCCGGAACUUGGACUCGCGCACGUGGCGAAAGAUGUGGGCGUAAGCCACGGGACCACCGUCGAGAAGCUGGUCUUCUUGGUAGGGAAUGUCGGAUCUUGCCAUACCCUGACGGCUGCAGUAGCUUUUGGUAGCUUCGCCGUCAUAAUGUUGUUCCGGACGCUCAAAAAGUGGCUCGAACCGAGAUACCCCCAGGUGGUCUACUUCCCGGACCGUGUGCUUGUCGUCAUCCUCUCAGCCAUCCUGACAUGGCGCCUUGGUUGGGAUAAGAAAGGGCUUGAGAUCUUGGGCGCAACCAAAAAUUCAGGAAGCGGCGUUUUUGCGUUCAAAUGGCCUUUCCAGUUCAGCCACAUGAAGCACAUGCGUACUGCAAUGAGCACCUCCUUCAUCAUUGCACUCCUUGGUUUCUUCGAAUCCUCCGUUGCUGCAAAGGGGCUCAAUAACAUGGGUCGGGACGGUGUACAGGGGAUGGCCGUCAGUGCCAACAGGGAGAUGGUCGCCCUGGGAGUUGCCAAUGUUGUUGGCGGAUGCUUCAUGGCCCUACCUGCGUUCGGUGGGUACGGUCGAAGCAAAGUCAACGCAUCCACCGGCGCUCGGUCGCCCAUGAGUUGUAUCUUUUUGAGCAUUAUCACGCUCAUUUGCAUCCUGGUACUCUUACCAUAUCUGUACUAUCUCCCGAAAGCUGUCCUCUGUUCUAUGAUAUCCGUGGUCGCCUUCAGUUUAAUAGAAGAGUGUCCACAUGAUCUGGCAUUUUUCAUUCGCCUGCGCGGAUGGACGGAGCUAGCACUGAUGAUUCUCAUUUUUGUUUCGACUAUCUUUUACUCGCUGGAGUUGGGAAUCGCGUUGGGAAUCGGGCUAUCUAUUCUGAUACUCAUUCGCCACUCCACCCAGCCACGGAUUCAGAUUCUGGGGAAAGUCGCUGGAACAUCCGACCGGUUCGACAACGCCGAACUUCAUCCCGAAAACGUGGAGCUGGUUGACGGCGCACUCAUCGUCAAGAUUCCCGAGCCGCUGACCUUCGCGAACACAGGCGACCUGAAGAACCGCCUUCGCCGACUGGAGCUGUAUGGGACUAACCGAGCGCAUCCCUCUCUGCCCCGCACACGACCGCCAGAGCACAACAAGAACAUCAUCUUCGACGUGCACGGUGUCACCAGCAUCGACGGCUCUGGCACACAGGUCUUGUACGAGAUUGUCGACGGGUAUGCGGCGCAGGGCGUGAGGGUGUUUUUCUGCCGGCUGCCUACUCGCAAUGUCUUCCGCAUGUUCGAAAGAAGCGGGAUCGUCGACCGGUGCGGAGGAAUGUCGCAUUUUGUCCACCGUGUCGACGAGGCGCUGAGACUUGCCGAAUCGGAAUCGGAAACCCAGACACUGGAAGCGUGA